AUGGAUGCCUCAUCCGCCUUCCUACAAGGACGUCUCAAGGAGACAGUGUUCAUGGACAGUCCUGAAGGCUUCCCAGGAGAAUUCCCUCUCAACACUGUCUGGAAGCUGAAUCGCCCCAUCAACGGCCUUAAGCAAGCCCCUCGCGAAUGGCACAAGAAGGACGCAGCAGGACGCGUGCGUCUUUCUCCACAUAGGCAGUUUGAGAUGGAGCUGUGCACACCUGUUGCCACCCCGCUGCCGCUGCAACACCUCCUCACAGCUCCAGCUGUGGUGAGACGGCGCAGGCUGAGCACGGCAGCACACAUGGUGUUUGAGCCGGUGUUUGAUGCGUUUGAGCACCGCGGCAGCAAGCAGUUCCUCAAGCAGCUCACCUUCCAGCACCCCCUCAUCACCACUGAGAUCGCCCACGGGGACAACGACGAGGACAUGGACGACCCGGCGCGCAACCAGUACACGCUGCUAGACUUCGCCUCCGUGCCGCCCGACGCCGGCCACCUCUCAGGCAGCACCUUCAUCGCGCACAACCAGUGGGGCUUCGAGGGCCGCUUCACGCUGCUGCACCUCGCCUCCUCCCUCGCCACCUGGCGCCGCUCCCACGGCUGCUUCGGCCCCGCCCGCCUCAUGCUCUUCCAGGACGGCAUGCUCCGCACGCAGGUGGGCUGCCUGCUGCUUCUGGGGUUGCUGUGUGGAGGGCGGAUAUGUGUGCCUCUUUCCCCCUCUCCCUCGCUCCCACGGCUGCUUCGGCCCCGCCAGGCUCUUCAAGGACGGCAUGCUUCGAUUCGGACGCACGUGGUCUGCCUGGGUCUGCUUGGUUGGUUGGUGGGUGGGUGGAUUGGCUGGGGGGGUUGGUGGUAG